AUCCAAAAUGGAGGAUCAAGACAGAGGAUUUCGUCGAGGACGAGGCGGUCGUAGAAGAGAGAGAGGCUUUAGAGAACGGCCUUCAAGGGGUAAAGGAGAUGGUCCCAUGGGAGCACAUGCUGCAUCCCCCACAGUACCACCCAUGAAGACACCCAUCAUACUCACCAAACCUUCUGCAGACAGGGGACAAGAAACGCCAGUGAAGCAAAUUUUGAUAAAACCAAGGGAACAGUUACCAGAGGCUUCAGUAAGUUCCAGUGCCCCUCAGCCAGCCACAUCACGUGGAAAGACUAUUUUGUCUGAUCAUCCAGCUGGCCAAGGAACUGAGAGAUCUACAAGCACUGCAACAGCACUCAGUAUGGGUGGUGCAACAGGAGGGCCAGUAUCAGGAACAAGUGCAAGUGUUGAUGCACUUGCAACCAACAUGGCCUCUCUCAAACUUGGUCUACACAGUCAUGAUGGAGCACCACAAGUAUUGAAACUGCUGGAUGAGAAUCUUCAGUGGAAUGAUGCUGCUUUAGAGAUGCUUCUUGAUCAAACAGAUUUCUUGGUUGUGGGGGUCAUUGGUCCACAAGGUGUUGGCAAAUCAACUCUUCUCUCUGUUCUGGGAGGAGCUGGGCCUUUUACUGACUCCAGGUCUUGCUUAUUUCCUGUGCAGUCAAGACAGGUUCAGUCACUGCAAAUCGUCACUUUCCUCUUAACAGUAUGUCAUGUGAUUUUAGUUGUACAAGAUUGGUUCACUGAUCUCACCAUAUUAAGGCUUUUAAAAACAGCUGAGAUGUUGAAGCCUUCAUCAACCAGCCACACCUCACACGAAUCCUCUGGCUUAGGGUCUUCAGACGAGUCAGAUGAGAAUUAUCCAAACAUAGUUUUUGUGUAUAACAAAGCCACAAGGGAGGAUUUUCACCAUGAAAACCUGAGCUCUAUGCAUUACGCGACCAGCACUCUGUUUCAGCACUCAAGAUUGAAGUUGCAAACUUGUAUUUCUCUGUUGAGCUCAAGCUUGAUGCCUUACAGAACACUUCUAACAUCUUGUGAUGAUAUGAACAUAUUCGUGGUACCAGUCUUUCAACCACAUGGAGGGAAUGGAAUGUGCACCAAGUCACCCACAUAUCAGGGACAUCCAAGCUUUGAUGUGGUCUUACACAGUCUCCGGAAUCAGGUAUUUUCUGUUCACAGACACCUCCUUACUCAUCAUUCCCUGACAGAGAGAAAUUGGUUUCACUUUGCUGCUCGUUCCUGGGAAACUGUCAGAAAAUCAAGUUUGAUCUCCGAGUACAACAGACUCCUUUGUUCUCAGUAACAAGAGACACUUCUGAAGUGUUAAUAGGAGACAGGGCUCUGUAGCAAUUCGGUUCAGCUUUUAGGGUACUGGACGAAGGUUGUGGAGAAUUAGUUCCUCCCAAGGAAGUGACUUUGAAUUCUCUAUAAGAAGGUGUUACUCAGUUGUGUAAAUAACUCUUAUCUUACUGAUCCAAAUAUUGAAAUAAAUGUAUUUAUUGUCAAGCAA